AUGGCAUAUAUCAGUAGCAUUUAUUAUAUCUUAGAAUUCGUACAGCAUCCGUUCGAAGGUCAAAUUGAUUCUUUCGUUGAGCCUGAGCCAAUUCUUAAACUUACAGCUUACAAUGCAUUAGGGGCAAUAAAUCCCGAGGACAUAAAUAUUUCAAAUUUAAUUGUUGUAGCGUAUAUUGUUAUGCUACAAGAUGAUAAUGACGAAGACAACAGCAAUACGAAAAGCUGGAUAAAAACCACUAGAGAGAAAUUCUACGAUUAUUGUAUGGAAACUCCGUAUAAAUUGAUGGAUCUUGAGAAUCGGAAUGGUAUAUAUUUUGUAUUUUCGGAGCUUAAUAUUCCAAAAUGCGGAGUGUAUAAAAUCGUGUAUCGAGUUUUUGAUAUUACGAGUCCUAGACUACUGACAUUCGACGGCGAAAAAUUAUAUCCACUCGACGAAAUAGAAUCGAAUCGGAUCAUAAUCUAUUCAAAUGAGUUUCCAAUUCGAAAAAGCGAACCAAAUGCUUUAUCAACGUGGUUAAACGGACAGAUCAUAUGGCAUUGGUUGAAUUUGUUAGAUGAAAAAAUUGCCAAGCAUAAUUUCGUCUUUUAA